AUGAAUGAAUUGACAUAAAUAAAUGCAUUGAUUAAUAUAUCUGCUAAUAUUUAUUUAUUAAUUGUAUUGAUUUAUAUAUAAUAUAAGCAACUAUUUAUUAUAGAAGACAAUAUAUCCUUAUAAAAUAUAAAUAAAUAGCUAGAUCUAUCUACCCAUAGGAUUUUACAAUUAGAAUAAAUGUUUAGCGUACCAAAUGCAUUCCCUAAUAACUUGAGUUCUUCUAGAGAAGAUCCAACUCCUGAUCCUCAAGCUCCUUUAUAAUUUGUAAAUUAUUACCCAGUGAGUGCUAAUUUGUAGCAAUAAGAACGCAAAGAAAGUCAAAUAAAAGAAAUCGAAUAAGCUGUAGAAUCUAAAAUUAAGUUUAUAAUAAAGAGCUUUUUAGAUUAGGAAUAGCAACCAUUGAAUAUUAUACCUAAAAAGGGCAACUUAGAUUUAAAGAAAUUUUUAAACAAGCGUUUAGAGAAGCUGAACAAGCGCACAGAAAAAGCAAUUAAUAAAUUACUUCGUUAAAAAUUCAACGAAGCAAAUGGAAUAAAAGAAGAGGAAUCAGCAGAUGUAAAAGCUGACGCAUAAGCCGAUAAAAAAUAGUAAGAAGUUAAGUUCAAUCCUAUGUAUAAUAGAGAUGUUACAUAUGACAGCGAAAUGUAUGACGAAGAUGAAAUAGCUGAAAAUGAAUUUAUAAAAGCAGAUGGCAAUAAGCUCAUAGAAGGAUUUGCCACAUAAGAAAAAAUAUAUUAAAAAUUAGACGACAGUGACUCUGAUUGA